AUGUUGGCCUGCCAGUUUGGGGCCGAAGUUCGUCUGCAUAAAGCACUGACUGCCACGCAAACACAUCUACAAGGACUCGGGCAGCUGAGCAGUUUUUUGGCUGAUUAUGAGCUGCAAAAAGAUGAGAACUUUGUGUUAUCAAAUGCACAAAAGAUGGCCAUUAAAUCAACCUGUAUCAAAGAGCUUCUAAAGCCCUCUAGACAGUCCUUUAAGACGCUUCACAUCGAUGUUGAGGCAAAGAUGAAAAAAAAGCCCGCAGACAAUUACCUUGACAACAUCCUGAAUCGGCUGGGACGUGAGGCCAAAUGGAUGGCGCAUAUACAAACCGUUUGUACAAUUCAGAGAAACACGCUUCGAAAAGAGAUCAUACAAAGCAUAACUCCAGGCCCAAAGUUUACUUCUGUGCAAGAAUUUGCGGCGGGCCUCAUUGUGAAAUAUUGUCUGCCUACGUCAGAGUCUGGUGCAAAUUCCAAUACAGCUUACCUCUCAAAACAUGUGUUAUUGUGGCGGUUUUUCUGGGACCAUUCAUCUAUGUUUUCGGCCUUUGAACUUGAGAAGGAUGACAACAACUCAGAAGAGGAGAACAAUGACCAGGAUUUUGGAACACCAAGCACCGACAACUCUAGCGAUUCGGGUCAUUCUGCUACCAAAAACGUAAAUUGCAAAAAACAAACAUUCCCGCUGGGAAAACUCGCGGUCGGGUGGCUGAUGGCGAAGACUAUUGGUCCAAAGUUGAUCAAUGGCUCAAGAGGCUUGACGAUGAGCUGGGAGAUAAUACAGCUGAGUUGA